AUGGCUUCGCAGGGGAUGGUCAUGAAGCGCCGCAAAAAUCUAAUAAAUCUGGGUGUUGUGCCUGCACCGCUGUGCAGGCAGAAAGGUGAUGAAGAUAAGGCAGAACCGCUGUGCUGCCAAAUAAGAAGUAAACAAAAGAUUCUGGGCCCUUUUCAAAUGAGGCGCUUGCUGCAGAGCUCAGGGCCUCACGCGGGCUCAGACCUAGGAACCUACAGCACGCAGUUACUGUGUCCUGCGGUCACUCAAGAGGUCUGCGCCGCCAAGCCGUUCUCGCUGUAUGUGCAGUACGAUGCGGGCGACUCGGACGCGAUCGUGAAUGUUCGGCACCCGGAUGCUCAGGCCUCGGAGAUGCGCCGCGAGGACAAUGAGUUUGAGCCAUUUUGGCUACCGGACAUGAGGGAUGUUUUGGGUGCCUUCCACUUCUCCGAGCUAUUCUUCGUGAUGGGCAACAAGGACGGUCCUGGCGGAAACCUGCCGUUUGAAGGUGGCGCGCUGGGCUUUGGCCUCGGCUGGUCGAAGCAGGAUGUGAAGAUCUCCGCCAACAUGUCCGGCAGCUGGGGCGCCCUCGUGCGCGAGGAGGACGUGCCUUCUUGGCCGGCCUGGGACACUGGUGAGAUGCUUCGGUUUGCGCUCAAUGUCCCAGACAAUGUCGAUGUGGUGCCCGUCCAGAGCAUGCUCGCGAAUCACCACUGCGAUUUCUUCGACGACCUGAACGUCCGGCUGAUAAAGGAUGUGAGCAACUAA